AUGGGGAGACCCUUGACACUACGUUACCCUAGUCGGUUCCACAUUGCCGAGUCCAAGGUUGAUAGUUCCCUUGAAGAUGUCAACUCGUGUGAUUCUGAAAUUGUUUAUAAUGCAAAGGUAUUACUAUUAUCCAACCCUGGGUUAGAAGAGUUGUAUAAGAAGUGUUGCUUAUCAUCUGAAGAUCAGAAGGACUCCUCUUGUAAACCUGUUCACCCUAGCUCUCUGGUUAAGUUUUUAGUAGGUAUGAAAGAACAGGAAGUACUAAUACUAGGGGGACCCUGGAUUUCAUCUUUGGAUGGUCCUGAUCCAGAUAAAGACCCGUUAGUCUUGAUCCAAACAGCUAUCCGCUGUACCAGAGCACAGGCAGGAUUGGACUUGAGUACCUGCUCUCAGUGGUUCCGCUUUGCUGAAGUGCGGUACUUGCGUGAUGAGUGGGUAGAGACAACAGUGUUCCUUAUUCCUGAUGGCAAAGGGGAGUCUGCCCCAAAACCAGAAUGUCAGGAUAGCUUGCCAGAUGAGCCCUCCAUUAUUUCAAGUCCACAGCAGACAGCUGCAGGAGACAAGUUUACCUGUGCAACUCUUUCUUUAAACACCUUAUUAGAAUGUCAGCAAGGCAGCAGUGAGUUUGCUUUUGAGGUGUUCCUGAUGGCUGAGCUGUUUAAUGAAAUGCUACAACGAGACUUUGGGUUUCUGAUUUACCAGACUCUCUGCCUACUUCCAGGACCAGAGACUGUACAAACUCAGGAUAAGAGUGAAGAAGACAAUCAAGACAUUAAGAUGACAUCUGAAGUUAAGAAAGAGGAAGAGGUAGAUGCAAAAUUUAAGGGUGAAGAGACUUUGAAAUCCGAGCAGAGUAAAAAGACAAAUGAUGAAAUAAUUGAUGACUGCUUGCUUUUGCAAGAUGAUGAUGAAGAUGAUUUUGGGGUUUCUACAGAUGAAGGUGAGAUGAAGUCUGCUGUAUCAAAUUCAUUAGAUGCUGUCUCCAGUAAAGAAGUGGAAAAAGUAGAGCACAAUAAAUUGGUCCUAAGUCGGGAUGUUGUCCUGGCAUUCACAUACUUUGAUCAGAAUCUCUGUGGCUUCCUCAUGAUCAAGGACCUUGAGGAAAUCCUGCAUUCUCUAGGACUACACCUCUCACCUGCUCAGGUUAAAGAUCUAAUAUCAAGUUUUCAUCAGAGAAUAAGUUUCAUUACCGAGAUUUAGCAGUUAGCUGCAAUAAUUGCCACUGAGAAUCAAAAUAAGGAUCUCACUAUUGACUGCUUUGUGAAAGGAAACCUUGCUCUGUUGCCACCAUUACCUGCAAAGAGAAGCAUUGAUUCAUCUCACCAUUUUGGGAGAUGAAACCUGUAAAUUUGCUUUGCAUAAGGGUGCUGUAGUCAACAUUGAAAAAUCUGCUGCAGAAGCUGAACAGGAUGAGAGCACACGGGUCCAUCUGGAGUGCAGAAUUAGUAAUCUGGAAGCCCAGGAUAAGGAGGCCUUAGCACAGUUAGCUACAGAAGAGGGGGAGAAGAAUCCUUGAUUUCCAAACUGGAGUUUGCAGAGAAGAGUCUAACUGAAACACAAGAAAAACUAAGCAAAGCAGAGAAAAGACAUUCAGGUUGUGAGAAACAACUGAAGGAAAAUGCAGGACAACUGUCUUUUGUUAUUGAAAAGAUGCAACGCAUUUUGAACAAGACUAGCAGCAUGGUUGAGUCAAAAAAUGAAGAAGCAGAAAAGGGAGUAUAGUCAUCUUGGGAGAUACUUUUUAUAAGAUCCUAUAUUCUUCCAGCCAACAGACCAUUAAAGCUAAGGACGAUCUGGCGGAAUAAGACUUCACCCUGGUAGCCUUGAUGUAUUCAUUUUGCAGCUGUGCCUUUAAACAGAAUGUAAAGAAAAAGGGAACUGAACAAUUUUGAACUGCACAGCUACAGAGACUUUAUUAACGUGGCCUCUUUUCCUCUAGGUGACGGGGAAGGCUUUUAUUUUUGUUUUAUGUGUAGAUUUUUCUCCUUCAACUUUGACUUAUUCACUUCCAAAAGUAAGGGAAUUGUCAGGUUAUCUAUAUCAGGUGGUAAAUUUAACCUUUUUUUCUUUUUUUUAAUUUUUUUAGGCCAAUAAUCUGCCAAGAUUGUUAAGCAGGAGUUUCUCCUCUUAUAAACUGUCAUUCUUAUAGUACACUAAAAAAAAUGCUAUAUAUCCAAACGUGUAGCUGGAAUAAUGGAUUUUGAUUUACAAGAACUGGAGUAUACUUACAUCACUUUUGGCUAGUUAGGAGAUGCAUCACAGUAUGUGGUCUUCUGAUAAGCAUGCAGUUCCCUUUGGGCCUAGGGUCUUCUCCAGGACAGAUUCAAAAGAAGUGCUGCCAAUGGGAUGUUCUAGCUUUUUUUACCCCCUAUCUUUAAGAUUGGUUGCUUGUUAAUCGACGUCUUAAUUAUGUGAACUGGAUGCUGCUGUGUCAAAAUGGUAUUUAUAGGCAGUAUCUUUGUAAAGGCUUCAAUUUUUAACUGAAAUUAUUGUUUUUACUUAGAUCAAUGUGAUAUUUAUACUAUUUUGAAAUUGCCGAGAUAUCUUGGAUUAAUCCAUCAUGUUGCUUUAUUUUUUUAUUUUUUUUUUGAGUAUUUUGUUUAAUGUCAGAAAAUACUGUACUUUAAAUAAUAAUGCCUAGCCCUUUGUAAUUUCAGGCAUGUGCACUUGUUUAAGGAAAGCGUGCUUUUAGAGAAACAGUGCAGAGUGUGAAGGAUGUGACACACAGCUGCUAUAUCUUAGUAUAAGUGAACUUUCACACUUCAUAUGUGUCCAAUUUUAGCAGUACUCAUGAGCCUUUGUAGAGUGUCUAAACUCUCUGUGUAAUCCUUUUUUUUUUUGUUUGUUUUUGAUUGUGUUCCUAUAUAUUUUUCGGUGAAUUGUUAAUUUGUACACAAAAUUAUUCUAUGGGUGAUGUAAAAAUACAAGUUCCGUACAACCAAUUACUUUUUUUUUUUUUUUUUUUUUCAAUUAUUGGAGUGGAACCAGUUUUACAAGUGUAGUUUACAUUCUAGUCCAGAUAGUUUUAAAAUAAGAAUGCCAGCUUUGGUCCUUGUGUGAUAAAACUGACUGCUACCUUUUAUGUGAUGGUAAUUAUUUAUUGGAAUGUUGUCAUAAUUGUUUCAUAAAGUGUUCACUUGCCUCUUAAAGUGAAUGUUUUAAAAAAUCCUUUAGGCAAACACCUCAGGGCAACUUACACACUUAAUGUGUCUUCUUGACAAAGACAAAUAAUAUACAAUUGCACUGUAUGAAGCCUUCUCUUUAAAUAUUUGAUUAAUCUUGUUGAGUAAGAGAGGCAGUAUGGUGGCACAAUGGUUUAGCACAGUUCCAGAUUUCUAGGAUUGAUUCCAGGUAUGGUUAAUGUCUUUGUGAGGCUUGUCUUUUUUCUGUGGGUAGUCUUGUUACUUCUAACAAUGCAAAAAUGUGUUCUGUUAAUUUGGGACGUUACAAUGAACAUAUGUGAGUGAGUGCAGGCGGCUGUGCAUUAUCUGUGAUGGAGUGGCACCCUGUUUGUGUCAUGCCGUGUGCUCAAUUUUGCCUUUGUAGGCUUGAGCUCUCUCUAACCCUGCAUUGGAUAAAGUGAUUUCUGCAUGGAUGGAUGGGUGGUUGGGUAUUAUGUGAUUUAAUAUGAUUUUUCUAGUCAAGGAUUUUAUAAAUCAUGUGUAAAAAAUGUUUUUGUGAUGGUUAUGUUUUUCCUGCUAAACAAUAUUACUAAUGAUAAAUAUAGUAUCAAUUUGCUCAGCCUA